CCGCCGCCGGGGGCGCUGCGCCGAGGGCGGCCCGGCCCCGCCCCGCCCCGCUCCCGCCCCCCGCCUCCCGGCGCUGCGGCCGCCGGCUCCCGCCGCCCGCCGGGCUCCGCUCUCUCGGCUCCGCCGCGCUCCGCUCCGCCGCGCUGUGGCAGCCCCCGCGGGCAGGGCACGGGAGGCGGCGGCGCCGGGCGCUGCCAUGCGGGCUGGCGGCUGAGGGCGGCGGCGGGGCUGGUGCCGGCCGCGGGAGCCGGCGGGCAGCGGCGCGCAGGGCAUGCCAUCCGCCUCGCCCCGAUGUUUCACUGGGGCAAGUGGAAGAAGAGGAUGGGAGCGAGCGCCUCCUCCUCCAAGAGACCGGUCUUCGACGAGCGGGAGGACGUGAACUUUGACCACUUCCAGAUUCUCCGGGCGAUUGGGAAGGGAAGCUUUGGCAAGGUGUGUAUCGUGCAGAAGAGAGACACUGAGAAGAUGUACGCCAUGAAGUACAUGAACAAACAGCAGUGCAUCGAGAGGGACGAGGUUCGCAAUGUGUUCAGGGAGCUGGAAAUCCUGCAGGAGAUCGAGCACGUCUUCCUGGUGAACCUCUGGUACUCCUUCCAGGACGAGGAGGACAUGUUCAUGGUGGUGGACUUGCUCCUCGGCGGUGACCUGCGCUAUCACCUGCAGCAGAACGUCCAGUUCACGGAGGAAACGGUCAAGCUGUACAUCUGUGAGAUGGCGCUGGCCCUCGACUACCUGCGCAGCCAGCACAUCAUCCACCGGGAUGUAAAACCAGACAACAUCCUCCUCGACGAGCAAGGUCAUGCACAUUUAACAGAUUUUAAUAUUGCAACAAUAAUUAGGGACGGUGAAAGAGCAACUGCAUUAGCUGGAACAAAGCCAUACAUGGCCCCGGAGAUCUUCCAUUCCUUCCUGAGCGGCGGGACGGGCUACUCCUUCGAGGUCGACUGGUGGUCGCUGGGAAUCAUGGCAUAUGAGCUGCUGCGGGGCUGGAGACCGUACGACAUCCACUCCAACAACCCCGUGGAGUCUCUAGUGCAGCUCUUCAGCACUGUGAGCGUUCAGUACUCGUCUGCCUGGUCAAAAGAGAUGGUUGCUCUGUUACGGAAGCUGCUGACGGUGAACCCCGAGCAUCGCUUUUCCUGCCUGGCCGACAUCCAGGCCUCGGCGUACCUGUCCAGUGUGGUCUGGAGCGACGUCUGCAGGAAGCGCGUGGAGCCGGGCUUCGUCCCCAACAAGGGCCGCCUGCACUGCGACCCCACCUUCGAGCUGGAGGAGAUGAUUCUGGAGUCCAGGCCCUUGCAUAAGAAGAAGAAGAGGCUUGCGAAGAACAAGUCGAGGGAUAACAGCAAAGACAGCUCACAGUCUGAAAAUGACUAUCUCCAAGAAUGCCUUGAAGCUAUCCAGCAAGACUUUGUCAUCUUUAACAGAGAGAAGCUAAAGAAGAGCCAAGAGCAGCUGAGCGAGUCCGUGUUGCCCCCUGAGACCACCGACGAAGCCGAGACGGAGGCUGAGGCCGAGACCUCCAACCUGACCAUGUGCAGCUCCGUGUGCUCCGCGGCGGGCAGCAGCUAGGCUGCAGCGGCUGCGCUGCGCCGGGAGCGUCCUCAGGUCGUGCUGAGCACCACAGGGUGUCCCCCGACACCCCGCAGCACCCACACGGGUCUUGCGAAGCUGUAGCAACAGAGACAGUUCUCACAGAACUGCACCCCUGCAGUUACGGAUCACCAGUCGGCACACGGGCUGCCUGCCGUGGGUAUAGAUACUUGCUAUGCAAUGUGUCGGAGGAGGUAGAGCAGCUUCUUUACAUGUUCUUUCUCAGUGUCAGCUUGCAGAUGUGCACAUGGUUUUGGUACAGUGAGAUGGCAAGAAAAGGAGUCACAUCCUUGGGUACAACCAGGGAAGGUGCUGAGUGGGUGUGGAGGAGGCUGAAUGGGUGUUGUAAGUUUUCCGUUGGCAUUCCCUGUUGGCAAAGGUGGCCGUGGGGACCAGCAGCCCUCCGUGUGCAGCCCUGGGGCCUCUCCGGGCUGUGGCAGGUGGCACCAGCCUCCUGGGAGCCUCGGGUGCUGAGUCCGGCAGCAUCAGGAUGUCCCAGGCACAUCCCUGCCCUCGUCACCUCUCAGAGUUUCUUCCCCACCUUGGUGCAAAUAGCUGGUUUUGUGCACUCCAUGAGUUCUGCAGGGGCUGGGUAGUGUGUAACGUGCAGCUGAGGUACAGGAUGUAUUUAAACGUUUGAUUUCUUCACGUAGCUGCUGCGAGUGAGGAGCUGUGGGAACAGACCCCAUUUGGAGGAUGCCGUUUACCACAGGCUCAGGUUUUAUUGGAGGCAAUGUGGUGGCCUUGCAGUGCUGCUCGGUUAUGAAUGAUGGGAAUAUCUUAUUUCACCCUUUGAUUUACUUUAUUUUCAGUGUAAACUACAAGUACUGUAUAUAAUUUACCAAUUCCUGGUUUAACUUCUUAAUAAGACAGGAGCUCUUACCUUGCUCCAGCUGUGGCUGUUGCCUUCUUGUUUCAGAAGCCUUCACUAGUUGCUUAAUCUGUAGAGUGGCUUUUGGUUGCUGUUGCUGAAGACGAGCGGUGGGUUCUGCUGCACCGUGGUGAUGCGCAGGGUUGCGACAGGGCUGCACUCACUGUCACACUGCCAACACCCCUGUGCUGCUGGGUUAGCAGGGUGCAGCUUUGCAUCCUCACUGCCUAUUCCUAACGCAGAAAUGGGUACAAGAUGUUUUUAACAGAUGCAGACUCUUUCAGGACAAAUUUUGAUGUGUUUUUUGUUUCUGUGAAUAAAAUGGAAGCGGGUACAAGACAGUUUGUAUGAAACAUGACACGAUGUGUUUCUUUUCCACAGUUUUAUGUGGAAAUUAGUGCAUGGCUCAAAUUGUGCAGAACCGGAUUCCCACAGGAGUCUCUACAGGAGGUGUUGGGUGUGCAGGCACGGCUCCCAGGAUGGAAGCCAAAGCUCUGCUCCCCAUUGCACAGUUAAGUUCAGGUUAGAGCCAGGAGGACGCAACUGGAUGUGGUGAGCAUCCUGACCCUUGGCCGUGCCCGGACAGGGACCAGGGUCACCCCGCGGGGCCCCAGUGCGGCUGUGGGUCUUUGCACAGGGACACCCCGUGCCUCAUGAGGAGCUGUGUUAAUGAUGGGCUGCAGGGAGCAGGUCUCAGAUGAACCCUGUCCCCUGCUCCUUCUCCCAACUGCAGGAGGACACCUAACCCUGAUCCAGGCUGCGCUGGGGGACCUGCCCUCUCUGCCCUGAGUCAUUUCCAGUCUGAUUACUGGGUAACCUCAUUACCCUCAUCACCCAAUUACCUUCUCCUGCACAGCAGAGCACACGUGUGUGCAUGUGGACAGGCCAUGUGCUCUGCCCUGUGCGCUGCUGGUGAGCAGCCCCUGCUCGUGGGGGGACAGCCUGGUCCUCGCUCCCCUGCUUUCUUCUGAAAAAGAGUUUUGGACAAGGGCCUGUAGGGACAGGCCAAGGGGAAUGGCUUUAACCUGCCAGAGGGGAGACUGAGAUGAGCUCUGAGGCAGAAGCUCUUCCCUGUGAGGGUGCUGAGGCGCUGGCACAGGGUGCCCAGAGAAGCUGUGGCUGCCCCAUCCCUGGCAGUGUUCAAGGCCAGGUUGGACACAGGGGCUUGGAGCAACCUGCUCUAGUGGAAGGUGUCCCUGCCCAUGGCAGGGGCUUGGAGCUGGAUGAGCUUUAAGGUCCCUUCCACCCAAACCAUUCUCUGAGUCUAUGAUCCUACGAUUCUCUGUGCACACCUCAUGUCCCUGAGCUCCCAGGUCUGUCCCGACUCCACCACAUGCCUUGGUGGGCUCGGCUCCCACCACAUGGGAAUGGUGCCAGGCUGUGAUGGUCACUGGUGAUGGUCGGGACACAUGGCAAUGUACUGGUAACACUUUAAUCUCAAGUCACAAACCCAUGUCAAACCGGCUCUGAUUUGCUUCUGCCCAGGGCAGGCUGAUAGCCCUGCUGCUGCAGGGUCCAAGCUGGGACCCCCUGCUUGGCUGCCAGGACCCAGCUGGAGCACGAGGAGCAGAAUGAGGGUCAAAGCAUGUGUUUAUUCAGGAAUUAUAAAUGACAGGUGAUUUGCUCCACUACUAUGGAUAGGGUUUUCCCGUGAACUCCAUUGCACUGUAUAUCAUACCUGUAAAUAGCGACAGAAGUUUGGACUAUUGGUGCGACAAGGAGCGUAACUUGGUUUUUGACCAAACCAUCAAGUCUGUGAGAGGUGCACGCAGAACCUGUUCAACCAGAAGCUCUUGGGCCAGGAGAGAUGUUGGCAGUUUGGUUGGACAUGUCUAAUGAUGUUUUCAUCACUUUCUUUAGGACAAGUGACAAAUGGCCCUUGAGGUUGAUGUUGGUGUUUGUAGAGAGGAGCUGGCUCACUUCUGAAAUGGCUGUUUCUCACCCCAAACCCUCCCCAUGUCAGUCAUUUCUGUUCCCUUUCCAGCACUGCCCUUCCUGGGUAGAUCAUGCAGAAUAUCCUCAGCAGCACUUGGCAGAGGCAGGGAGAGCUGCUGGGGAGACACCAGGGGAAAUAAUCCAGGGAACGCCACUGAAAUCCAGCAGCGCGUCUCCCAGGACACUGCUUCUGCCUCAGUCUAGUUGUAAACCUCAAUCAAGGAGAACAGUGACAGGACACAGACCUCUGGGAUCAUUGCACUGAGGAGUAAGGACACUGUGAGUACAAUACAGCUGAAGUACUCUUAAUCCUAAAUAUUCCAUGGGUGUAACUCCAGUAGUGCCCAUCGGGAUCACGCUUUAUUGACGCCUGCUCAUGCCAAGCCCCUGGAGAAGAAAUGACAAGCAAAGGUAGUUGGAAAAUGGAAAGAUGACGGAAACAGCUUCGUGUUUGCUUCCUUGUCGGAAUAUCCUGGUGGGUUUCAAUACACCGGGUCCUUCCGUCCCCGCUGUGCCUCUGGGUGCCUGUUGUGUCGUGUCCCCAUUGCUGUGUCCCCAUCACCAGCCCGUGCUGAUGGAGAUCAGCACCCCACAUCCUGCAGCUCCUUCCAGGGCUGUCCCACAUGAAGCAAACCCCAUCCACGUCCUGCGUGGGACAGGAGCCUCUUCCCUGCCUUGCGCUGUGCUGUCGGUGACCUGCUGUCAUGUAGCUUUGAAACUCUCUGUUCUGUCCCUGUUAGAGCCAGAUGCAGCUCCAGAUGUGAGCAGAACUCGCAGUGAAGUCGUGAAAUCCUCCUGGUACCAAACCCCAUCGCGCAGAGCUUGGAGGAGUCGGUAGCAGCUCUGGUUUACAUCUCCACUACAACCAGAACACAAUAAUUUUCUGUAUAUAGAUAUUUAAAUACCUGUAUUUUUUGUAUGACAGAUUUAUACAGGGUGUGCCAUUAAUCGCUGUGAUAAGUCGACGUCACCUAUAAAUUAUUCUCCCUUAAUUCCUCGCCGUAAGAUUGUUUCUUUCUCUCUGUUGUAUUAAGAAGUUUUGCAAAGUUGCAGAUUUUUAAGUGUGUCCAUUGAAUUCCACAGACUUCACUGGGAAUUUUGCAUAGAAAACAAAUGCCAGAUCAGGUCCUGACAUUUCUUCUGUUGCCAAUUCUUUCUUACUCUCUGCCUUGCCAAAGAGAGAAUCAGAGUAAUAAAAUCAUAGCAAAAAGGCCAAUAAUACGAGCCUGACAUUGGACAGUGCUGAAAUCCUGAUGCCUUGGUAGGGUUUGGUUUUAAUUAUUUCAGUGGAAAUCUAUGUAAAGUAUAUCUCUGUAUUUUAUGUUAAUACAUUUCUGUACUUUUAUUGCAUGAUGAUUUUACCAUGUCACAGAAUAUUUAAGUUAUGACAGGUUUGUGUUUCUGCAGAUACUGCGAGAAGCCAUUGCAUAUGUGGAGUAAUAAAUGUGUGUUUUUAACAUUG